CUCCCAAAAGCACGCCCAACAGCUCCUGAUUUCCACCGUCGCCCCAUCGCGAUGGCGUCCGCAGCGACCCCGCCGCACCCGCGCGACGGCUGACCCAUGAGCCAACCUCAGCAGGUUUUGCUGCUGUCGGCCUUCAAAAAGUUCGACAUCAAUGGGGAUGGGACCAUCAGCGAGGAUGAGUUGAAGCGGGUGAUGCUACUCUUGGACCCCUCCUUCACUCCCUAUGAACUGGAUGUCAUCUUCUCAACAGCUGACCUCAGCAAGGAUGGUUCGGUGAGCAUCGAGGAGUUCUCCCACUGGGCGGCGGAGCCGCAGGGGAUUUUUGGCGUGGUGCCCGCGCGGGCGGUGCAUGCCAUGAGCCGAGAGGAGCAAGCGGCCUUGAGGAUCCAAUCGCUGGCGCGAGGACGGAUGGCACGGAAGCGUGUGAAGCCCGAGAAGCGCAAGAAGAGCGUCGAACGCGUGGACGAGGCGCCGGUGACGUCAGGGCCUGCUGGGGCAUCGCCCAUCACCAGAGCUGAGCUAUGGGAGGGCUUGGCCUUUGAUCACGGGAGGAUUCGGCCCAAGGUGGAUUUGUACGAGCUGGUGUCAGGCUUCAAUGGCUGCAUCAGGACCGGGCUCUCCAGCGCUGCAGGGGUCCUCUCGGAGGCCAGCCAAGCGGAGGAGCUGCUGCCCGAGCAGGUGAAUCACCUUGCCUUGCUGAUCAAGACCAGAAAGGAGCUGGUCCCAGAUGACGAAGCCUUUGAGGAGCUGAGGAGGAUCAAGGAGUUUGUGCGGGACUGUGAGGUGGCAGUCCGAGUGGAUGGAAACAUGUCCUGGAGGCAUUUCAAGAACUGGAUCGGCGUGUUAUCCGCUUUCAGCGGGAUUGAUGCUUCGGUGAUCUUCUUCCAAUGGUACUGGUUCGAGUUCGGCCUUUUUCAGCCGACCAAGGAAGUGCUCGAACUGUUGCUCACUGAGACGGUCUAUAACGAGUCGCGCCUGCGAACCCUAGCGUAUCGGCAGGGCGUGAGCGUGGCGGAGUUGCAGGGCAAAUUGGUGAGCAUUCCUUUCAACCUGCGAGACGUCAUGCAGCUGGUCUACAACGGGGGCCUCUGCGGACGCAGCGACCGGCCGUGCCUCAAUCCCUCAGAGGUGCAGGCGCUCUGGCCUCAUGCUGUGAGGCACAUGCCACACAUGCUCCGGGCACGGCGCCGGCUGCGGAGUGCCGUCGCCACCGGGAGGAGGUCCAAGGCACCGGAAAAAGGCGAAGCCUUCAAGGACGAGGGUGACAAGACCAGCCUCGGUGGUC